AUGGGGGUCUACACUUCAGGGACUUCUUCAGAAUGUCCAUUGGGAAAUCAGUAUCCAACACUCACUUAUGCAGAACAUCUUGAAGCUAAAAAUGGAUUAUCUUCCACCGACUUGAUUGGUGAGGGAAGAUAUCAUUCUGUCUAUAAAGGAAUGCUCAAUUCUGGUGAACAGGUAGUUGCUGUGAAGGUGCUCAACCUUCAACAACAUGGAGCCAACAAGAGUUUCCUGGCUGAAUGUGAAGCAUUGAGGAACAUUCGCCACCGCAAUCUGCUCAAGAUUAUUACAUCUUGCGCAAGCAUAGAUUUUAAAGGAAACGAUUUCAAGGCUUUGGUCUUUGAGUUGAUGCCAAAUUGGAGUUUAGAGAGCUGGUUACACCCAACUUUAUUUGAGCAAGAUGACUUGAGUUCAUCUGUGCUACCAGACUCAAUGAGCUUGAACCUAAUCCAAAGGCUAAACAUUGCCAUUGAUGUGGCCUCUGCAUUGGAUUAUCUUCACCAUCAUUGUGAAACAACAAUGAUUCAUUGUGAUCUAAAGCCAAGUAACGUUCUUCUUGACAGCGAGCUCUGUGCCCAUGUUGGUGAUUUUGGUCUGGCGAGGUUUCUUAUAGCUACCAAAGAUAAAUCUGAUCAUACAUAACCUAGUCUAUCAACUGGAGUUCGAGGGACAGUUGUAUAUGCUGCACCAGGUAAUUUAUUAUAUCCUAUAUUUAUUAAGUUUAUUUUGUUUGAUAUAUACUCUCUUCUUUUUUUUCUUUUUUUCUUUUUCUUUUUUUUAUAAAUUCUUUUGAUAUAUACUAUCAUUAUAACUUCAUAUGGAAAUUUACUUAAUAUUGAACCAGAACCUAGGAAACCAGAUGAUAAGUUGAUGAAAUUAUUUAAUUAAAUUCACUUUGCAUUACCAAGUUGCCGAAUUUUAGUUAUAAUAUUUCUCUUCUGGCAGUGUCAGGGAUUGAAAAAUUUAGGAAAUAGUAGGUAUUGAAAUACACACUAAUAUUUGUUUCGAAUUACAGAAUAUGGUAUGGGUGGGGAGGUGUACUAUUUCCAAUUUUUCAUAUUUUCCAUUUUCUGAGAUUUUUCCGUCUUUGUCUUGUUUUGCGUGCCGAACACCGUAGAGUGUGCCAGAUGUGACUGAGGUUGGUUGGAGCAUUUCCUUGAGCUCAGAACUCUUAGAAGUGCAUUAGUUGCAUUUUUGACAUUUUUUUUUCCGUUUUUCGGGCCAGGAGGUCUCAGGUAGGACCCGCUACUGGGGUCGUUGUGCACGAGAUUGCGUUUCGGGUCCAUUACAUUUCAUGUGUAAUUAUUCUGGGCAUAUUUAUUUGAUUAUAUGAAUUUUGUGUGGUGGUAAAGUUAUUGUUGUAUAUGUGUGUGUAUAUAUAUAUUAAAGAAAAGUGAGAUUUUUUUUGGUGGGACCCACAUGUGAUUCAUUUUUAUGGUGUUAAGACCAUUUUGCACCAUCAGUUUCUCUCUCUCACGCUGUAAUCUAUCUCUCCCUUUUAUUUUAUUUUUUUCUUUUUCUUUUAUGCCUCAUUUUUUGGCCAAUCGGUCGGGUUUCCGGUCUUGGUUCCUUGAUGGAAAAUGUUCCUCUCGUCGUUCUCUAUCACACAGUCAAAGGAUUUAAUUUUUGGAAAAAUGGUGAUUAUUUUAUGAAAUUUUGAAAAUUUUCGAUUUAAGGCUUCAGAGGGGGGUUUUGGACCACUUGGAUCAGAUUCCGGAGGCACGCUUUUGGAAUAGUAGAAUCUCCUCAUCAUUGGCUAC